CUUACCAUAGCGCACAGUGGCACAUCAGAGUAACGUCGUCCAUCCCAUCCCAUCCCAUCUCCCGCGUACCAGUAAUAAUCUUCACCUCAGCAUCUCAACAACAUCGGGGAGCACGUCUCCGUACCUUCGCUUUCAUCAUCCGGUCAUAUAGUCAUACCUUUUCCUAGCUUGACGCACAAUGUCGUCUGACGCAAUCCCACACAUUCCCAACCGCCUCCCCGUUCUGCCCCUGCCGUAUCCCCUAAUCCUUCAUCCUUCCCUGCUCUUGUCCAUUCCACUGUCCUAUGCCCACUCUCUUUCACUCCUCAAGGCUGCUUUGCAGGCGACGGGCGCCAAUCAGGCCACCUCUGAGAACCCGCCACCGAUAGAUGCAAGCAAGCCUAUUCUGAUCGCAUGUGUCCCAACCCUCAAGGCGCCUUCGCCACCGUCUAAAGCGAACGCCGUCUCUGCCAGGGAAGGUCACAACAGCAUCUCUGUCAAUCAGCUGCAUGAAUGGGCUGUAGUAGCUCGUCUCAUGCGGCUGACCCGUCAGCCCUCGACCGAGACUUGCAUCCUCACAAUCAGUGGUCUCACAAGAGUGAGACUGGAUCGCUGGCUCUCCAUGAGAGCUCCUCUCACCUCGUCAGCUCUGGACUCGGACCGAAGUAUCACGGUACCUGAUGUCGCUGUUCCGCUAGCUAGUAUCACCGCCUUUACAGAUGGUCCUUGGCCUCCUACGCCAAGCAGCAAGGCAGAUCGAGAGGCCGUACAGGCUCUCAAGGUGACAGCCAUGGACUUGCUCGAUGCUCUGUCUACGCUAGGGGCGAGUAGUUUACAAAAGGAUUCACCUUCGGUCACAAUGCCUGUCAUGCCGCCGAUGCUCAUCCGCCGCAUCCGCUCCUUUGUCAAGGAUGCUCGUGACAACCAAGCGGCGCAAUUGGCGGACGUCCUUGUGGGAUCUCUCGGCGGAGCUUGCGAGUGGCAAGACCGCCUCAAUCUGCUCUCCGAGUUCGAUCCCAAGGAGCGAGUGAGGAGUGCUGCGAAGAUGCUCUCGCUGGGAGCUGCGAGAGUUCGUCUUGCACGGGAUCUCCUGACGUCCUUGGCCGCACCUCUCAACGAUGCGUCUAAGGAGACUCUGAUCCGUGGUCAGCUCGAGUCUCUGCUUACGCAACUCGCUGCAUUGAAUCCCAACAUCACCGCCAAGAUCACUACCAAUUCGGGCACAUUCUCAGUCAAUGGCAGCAACAGUGAUGGCAAGGGCAGCGGAGCCCCGAGUGGCAUUGUUCGCAUUCGCGCUCCUAGCUCCAAAGGCAGCACCCCUUCAGAGGGAGGUCCCAGGCCCCUUGCCAAGAGCGGUGGCAACCCAUUCAAAGGUGGCGGCCCUCUCGGCGGCGGAGGCGGCAGGUCCGGCGGCGGUGGUGGGGGCAACGAUGGUAGCGAUGGUCAGGAGGAGGAAGAGGAUGAGAUUGCCGAGUUGACACGUAAGCUCGAUGCAGCCCAGCUUACUCCAGAGGCUCGCAAGGUUUGCGAUAGGGAGCUGAAGCGGCUGGGGAGGAUCCCUCAACAAAGCGUCGAGCGUGGUGUGGUCAUCUCUUAUCUUGAGGUAAUGGCUGAACUCCCAUGGGACAAGGUCUCCUCUGACCUCGGAGAGGUGAAGGUCCCCGCAAGGAAUACUCCUGCCGAUUCUCGCCCUCAAGGCUCUGGCCAUGAGACCCUCAUUGAGUCUGCCCAACGAGAUGGCGAUAGCGCAGACGAGGGCAUCGUCUCCCGAGCCCGUCGAAUUCUAGACGAAGACCAUUACGGCAUGGAGAAAGUCAAGAAGCGACUGAUCGAGUACUUGGCAGUGCUGGAGCUCAAGCAGAUGCAGGCAAUGGAGAAGGCAGAGGCCGAAGAGGCGACCACAUCGUCGUCGUCUAACAGCAUGCCUGAGCGCAAAGUCGACGACAUGGCCAAGCUAGACAUCGAGGGGUCUGCUGAGAGUGCGGAAUCCACGCCCGGCCCCUCAGACUCUUCGGAGGCUGAGGCAGCAUUGGAGAAGAAGCGCAGGAUUCGUAAAGCCACGCCAAGGGACAAAGGUCCUAUCCUGCUGCUGGUAGGCCCACCUGGUACAGGUAAGACGUCGAUCGCAAGAUCGCUCGCUACAGCACUUCGCCGACCAUUCACCCGGCUCAGUCUGGGUGGUGUUCGAGACGAGGCCUCGCUUCGAGGUCAUCGAAGGACCUACGUCGGUGCACUUCCCGGCGAGAUCGUCUCGUCCCUACGCAAGGUGGGCGUCUCGGAUCCCGUCUUGCUCCUCGAUGAAGUUGACAAGCUAGGAAGCGGCAACGGUCUCCACGGAGAUCCCAGUGCUGCUAUGCUCGAGGUUCUGGACCCAGAGCAGAACCAUUCGUUCCAGGACCAUUACAUCGGCUGCCCCAUCGACCUCAGUCGUGUUCUCUUCAUUGCCACCGCAAACACACUAGACACGAUCAGUGCUCCUCUCCUCGACCGUACCGAGGUGAUCCACAUCUCUGGAUACACGCACGAUGAGAAGGUACACAUCGCUCGCAACUAUCUGAUGCCGAAGCAGAUCAAGGCACAAGGUCUGCAGCCCCAAGAGAUCGACAUCUCUGAUGAGGUUCUCCUGAAGAUCGCCACCUCGUACACGCGCGAAGCUGGAGUGAGAACUCUCGAAAGGUGCAUAUCUACUGUCAUUCGAGGCAAAGCUGUCGAGUAUGCCGAGCAUCGCAAAGGUGGAAGGGAUAGCUACGAUCCAGUCAUCAAGCUCGAAGAUUUGCGUAGCUACCUCGGCAUCGAGACGUACGAGCCAGAAGUUGCACAGCGCGAGGCAAGACCUGGAAAUGCUACCGGCUUAGCCUACCAGGGCUCUGGAUCGGGAGGCAUCCUCUUCAUUGAGACCCUCCUGCUGCCUCCUGGAACUGCGUCGCUGAAGCUUACAGGCUCUCUUGGUGAUGUGAUCCGCGAGUCAGCCACUCUGGCCUUCUCCUGGCUUCAGGCUCACGGAUAUCAGUUGGGCAUCCUGCCCUCUCGCGAUGCACCGUUCCCAAAGAACGAUGUCCACCUGCACUUCCCAGCCGGCGCCAUUCCAAAGGACGGUCCAUCAGCGGGCGUGGCUAUUCUUUGUGCUCUGGCCAGUCUCUUUACCCGCACCAGCAUCGAUCCCAAGAUUGCCAUGACGGGCGAGAUUUCUCUACGAGGUCUUGUGCUACCCGUCGGCGGAAUUCGCGAAAAGGUCAUUGGAGCACACAGGGCUGGUAUCAAGAAGAUUCUGCUUCCCAUACGCAACCGAGCCGACGUAGAGCAGGACAUUCCGGCCAAUGUCAAGGAAGAGGUGGAAAUUCGCUUCAUCUCCAAUGUCUGGCAGGCGCUGGAUCUGGCUCUCGGCAAUGGCAUCUUUGAGCAUGUCAGUGGGUAUCACGAGGGCAUUGAGGAGGGGCGCAAGAGGAUGGAGGAAGGAGGGGAGGGAGCUAGAUUGUAGAGUAUAGAAGAAAGGGAAGUUGACCAAGAAGUUUGUGAUUGUACAUCUGCCGUUGUAGAACUUGUCUCGUUGUUCCUUUUUUCUCUCGUCGAUCUUGGUUGUCGACUGUAUCGAAUUCAUAGCACCAUUCAACCUCG